GUUGCUUGAGACAAGUUUUUUUAACUACAUUUAGAUAUAUGUAUGCACAUGUAUACACAUAACUAAAUAUAUACAUAACUAGAAUAAGUUUUCAGUGAUUCUUUAUACCUAAUCAAAGUUAAACUUCUAUCUGUGAAUCAAUGUCUAGUAUUUCUUGAGAAGAUUUCGAGUGCAUUUUACUUACAUGCAUAAGUAAAUUUUAAAUCCAUUAAAUCGCUUAAUCGUGCCAUCAUCUCAAAAAUUGUGCUCCAAACAAACCGACAAAUCUACAAGGUUAUUUCUUUAGUAGAUGCGUUUUCAUCUUUCGUCUAUAAAUAAUAAAAAAUAAAGUUACCCUGAAUUGUAUAUAUUUAAAUGUCGUAAAGUACUAAUUCUUCUCACCUUGAAAAAUAUAAUCUCGCUUUCAUUAAUUUACGGACUUCCCCAAAAUCAGUAUUGGCUUUCGAGAUGCAUACAAAUUAUUAAUUUGGUAUCUAAAUAUAUAAAAAUGUGGAAAUAUUUGUGGAUACGAGAUGAUGUGAUUUGAAUACGAAUUAAGAUCAACAUUUGACACCACUAAAGUUUUAGGACGAUUUCAAUCUCUGUGCAUAUAAAAGGGAUGAAAUUGAGACUCAAUUCCAAAUCUCACCAAUUUUUCUAAAACGGUCGCAGUACAUAAGUAUUUUACAAUGGGCGUAACGGGAACAUUCCUAUUUGCAACUAUAAUAAUGGUUGUUAGCACUAAAUCUGCAUUUGGUGCAUCCAUGGAGAAACCGUGCACGCUUGCAUAUCAUUCAAGAACAGUGAGACUGGAGUUGUUGGACAGCUCCGACUCUUUGACAGCGUCGAUACAGAAUGACGAGAAUGUGGCGAUUAUACCCAGCGGAAAACAAGUGAGACUGGAAUGUAUUAACGAGAAACAAAUUUUUCGAGAUCUUGAAGCAGGAACAGUGGAACUUUUUUGUGCUGGUGGGACAUUGUCUCAUACGGGUGCUGGUGCCCAAGAUAUUGACCAAUUACUUGAAUGUCGUUCUCCCAGAGCAGCCCCAUUUGGCGAAUUAAUUCGGAAUGGCACGUGUGUCAAUAACGCGUCAAAUAUUGAUGUAUAUGUUACAUCGGACUCUGGCGAAUCUUCCCACCUUUACUCUGUCUGCUUUGAUGAGGUCACAUCCACCACGUUGUACUCGAAAAGCUAUAUUGAUGGGAAAUUGCUGGCAGGGGGUAAACCUGACCCGAGUAAAAGACCUGGAGAAUUUCAAGACCCAGGAUUUUUUCCAUUUAACGUCGUGUUGGCUUACAAACAAAAGCAGGAGAAGAUAACACUCACAAAGCUGCUUGGAGAAGAAAAGUUUGAGGAGUAUUUUCCAAAACAAACGUAUUACUUAUCGAGGGGACAUCUCUUCCCCAAUGGCGACCCGUACUACAAGUACCAAAAGGACGGGACUUUCUUCUACAUUAAUGUCGUACCACAAUGGCAGAUAUUAAACAAUGGAAAUUGGAAGGCGAUAGAAGAUUCGUUCCGCCAAAUGUCAGCAAAGUUAGCAUCUCAUGUUAAUGUCUACACCGGAACGCAUGGAGUAGUUGAGCUGAAAAACCAGGAUGAGGAGGAUGUUGAAUUGUGGAUGGGAUUACCAAUAAAGUCUGGAGACAAAGUUAAACGACUUCCGGUUCCCAAAUUCCUGUGGAAGAUUGCAUACAGUGAGGUUGAAGAUGCUGCGGUUGCCUUGGUUCAAAUAAAUAAUCCGUGGGCUACAAUAGCUGCGGAGGACUAUCUUUGCAAAGACAUUUGUGAUCAACUGGACUGGCUCUCACUGACAAAAAAGCAGCGAGGGUCUAUCCAGAAGGGAUUCACGUACUGUUGUGAUGUGAAUGAACUUCGGAAAAAAAUUGAAACUAUUCCGGUGUUCAAGUAUUCAAAAGUCUUAGAGUCAGCUCAGCCUUCCAAAGUAGUUUCAAAUUUGGAGGAGGAGGACGAAGAUUGGGACGAUGACGAGGAAUCCGACGAGGACGAAGAGGACGAAGAGUGAAUCAAUAAAAUGAACAUCACAGGCAUUACAAGUGUUUUACCGUUAUUGCAUUUUCGCUAUUUAAAAUUCAAAUGAUUACUUCCAAUUCUUGUAAUGUUCAGAAUAAACAUUUAUUUAUAUAUCUAUCCCGGAAAAAUAAUGUAUUUCUAACCGUCCUGUUCAAUAAAUUCGAAGACACAGAAAAAUGUCACCAAAUUGAGA